UAUUGCAGCCAUGCCUACCAUUUUCAUUUACUGCUAAUGUACUAGAUGUUCGACUCAAGCUUCUUGGCAAUGGACUACCCAGCAAACCCUAACCCUAACAAUUAUAAUUAUUCUCACUUUGAUCCGAUUAUGGAUCCGUCCUUGCAGCCAGUGGAGUUCCAGUUAUCGGAUUUUCUCAUGCUCGAUGGCGGGUUUGGAGAUGACUCUUCGUCGCAGAGUACUAUGGUGUUGUCGGAUCAGUUUGCUAGUGGUGCUUCAACUGAAUACAGUAGUGGUACUGCUGCAAGUGCAACAUCAGAAAAUGCUAAUAACGAUAAAUGGAAAAAGGGAGUGAAGAAAGAGAAGGCUGAAGUGGGGCAUAGAGUUGCAUUUAGAACGAAAUCGGAGUUAGAAAUCAUGGAUGAUGGAUUUAAAUGGAGGAAGUACGGAAAGAAGUCUGUGAAGAACAGCCCCCAUCCAAGGAAUUACUAUAAAUGUUCAAGUGGAGGAUGCAGUGUAAAGAAGAGAGUGGAAAGGGACAGAGAAGACCCAAAAUAUGUGAUAACAACAUAUGAUGGUAUGCACAACCAUCAAACUCCAUGUGUGGUUUACUACAAUCAUCACCAUCGUCAUCAUUAUCAUCAAGAUCAAGUGCCUGUUAUGAACCCAAAUGGCUGGAAUUUACAAGCAUCUUCUCCUUCUUCCUCUUCAUAGGCUUUUCUCUGUUAAUUACUUUCUUCCUCCACUAGGCCAUAAGCCAUUACUCCUUAGUCCUUUUCAUCAUGUGGUUAUAUAUAUACAUGCAUGCAGCAGCACUGCUUUAGUUAAUAUUUAUGCACCAGAUUAUCAUUCUGUAACUGGUACAGACUAGUAGGAGUACUUGUGAUGAAUGAUUAAUCACUACUGUAAUUGCACUUAUAUAUGUUAUGGCCAUUGGAUUGGCCCACAUCAUAAGAACAACAAUUGAUGGGCCAAUAACAAAACAUGGGAAUUGCAUAUAAAAGAAAAGAUUGGCCUCCAGUGUUUGUGGGGUUGCAUUA